AUGGACGACUCUUCGCUCAGAGAACUACAGGGUCUGGAUCUCGAACACCAAAGCGAAAUCAUCUCAUCUCUACCUCUCAAUCUCGCCUUCACGAGUUUUCUAAUUGAAAAUCUAUUUGCCUGGUUUUGGAUGAUUGGGGUUCAAUAUUUCCUUUUUAAAGUAUUGCAUCAACAUCAACCCCCAAAUCGAUCUCGACGUCGAAGUGAAAAAUCCCUCCGACCCUCACGCUCCUCACAUUGUGAGAAUUCCACAUCAGAAAUUCAACCACCUUCACCCAGCGAAUCAUACCUCCUUAUUACCCUAUGCUGGCUCCUCCAUUCUCUCCUCAAUACCCUCAUGAUAUCUCUCCUAAACAGCUUCAUAUCCCUCCUCUCCACCCCCGAAACCACGCACACCUAUCUCGAAUGGCGUUCUACAAUCUAUAAUCUUCACUACUGGGCCUUUAGCACCGGCGACGAAUCUUCCAUUUACGGAUUUGCAAAGCUUCUCGUGCUGGAAGUGAUAUUUUCUUGGGUUCUUUCGCAGGUAUCUCAAUGGGUGAUGGACACGGUAAUUCCGUCUUUGGGGGAGUUGCGCGGGGAUUAUGACUUUCGAGGAGUGUUGAGAAGCGUGGGAAGAAGGACGAGAGAGAUUUAUAAGUUCAUGCUUAUUGUAGAUUGGAGUCACGAUUUUGAGUAUUCUCAAUCCCCGGAUGCGCAACUGCUAAAUGGUGGUGAUGUAUCGAUAUCUCCCCAUGAAAACUAUAACCAACAAAAAGAACAAAUCAUCGAGCUUUCUCGCCAACGAAGCGAAAAUCCGGGUACAGAAAAAGGGACUCAGGAACGGAAAUUAGAUUGGAAGUUGAUUAUUGAUGCAUCGGCAUUGAAUGAGAUGAAAGAGACGUUGGGGCCGGCGGGGGGCUUUGGGGAGUUGGGAUUUAGUGUGGCGAGAGAUAGGGUGUGUUUGGAGGCGGUGAGUAGGGGGUCGAGUUUUAUGGUUACGUUUGGGUUGGAGGGAGUAGAGGGGGGUGAUGGGGAUAGGGCUGGGGGUGGGAGUAGGGCUGGGAGUGGUGAUAGGGGGAGCGAAAGAAAGAGAGGGGAAAAGAGAGAGAGGAGGAGGGGAACGGAGAUUAGGAGGAAUACCUAG